UUUAAAAAGAACCACAAUGUCCCGUCCAUCAGUAACAUCUGGUCAUUAGACCGGUGCUACUGUUACAGUCUCCGCAUUGCCGACGCACACUUUCUCCAUCUCCGAGGAGGACAGAAAUCAAAGUUCUUAAUUCUUUUUUGUAGCUUCAACCAAAAACUCGAAAAUGCCCAGCAAAAGGAAGAAGAACAAGCGCCGCAUGAGGAGGGUGCAGGCCCAGAGGAAAGUCCUUGAGGAGCAGCAUGUUGCUGGCACUGGCAAAGGGACCCCAGGAGUGGCUGCUGUGGCGGCCCCCCCUGUUAAAGUCAAAGAAGUGGCAAAGUGUCCAAAGCUUGUCCCCAUACAGACUCAAGUAGUAAAUGUCCCCGUUGUAGCGCUGCUGGCCCCAGUCGAGGUACCGGAGCCUAAACCUAUGGUGGCGGCUGAAGUGGUGGCAGCAGAGGUUGAAGUUGAGGCGCCAGUCGAAGCUCCAGUAGAGGCUGAAGAAGCCACAUUGGAGGUCGAAGCCCCAAUUGAAACUCCAGAUGUGGUCGACGGCCCAGUUGAAGCCCCAGAAGAAGUCCCAGUUGUAGAAGUACCAGCAGAAACUCCAGUGGGGCCACCUACAGAAGAAACUGCAGCAGUGCAGGAGGUUGAAGAAAGCUUCAUUCCAAAGAUGGAGCUAGUAAUGGAGGCCGCAUCCAUCCCUGAGGCUCCUGUGUCAGCUCCUGACGAAUUUGAGACACAUGACGAGCCGUUGGUGAAGGCCGAAGUGGAGGCUGAAAUAGUUGCCAAGGUCCAAGCGGAGGUCAAGGCAGUAGUCGAGCCGGAAUGCGGGCCCGUGGUCGAGGCCGUAGCUGCCCCAGUAGUGGAAACUGAAGAGGUGGUGAUUGACACAGAGGACAGUCCUGAGGUCAUUCCUAUGGUCAACACAGAUGCCAUUCCUGAAGAAGUUGAAGUAGAGGAGGCCCCAGUCGUCACAGAGGAUGAGCCUGUCACGACACAGGCACCUGAAGAGGUUCCAGUUGAAACUAUCCCAGAAACGCUGUCGGAGCCCGUGGUAGCCCCAGUUGAUGAAGCCCCCGUAGCCGACGUCGCUCCCUCAGAGCCCCUUGUAGAGGCCCCAGUAGACUCUGUCAUCGAUACAGUGGCCGACAACUUUAUCAUCACAGAAUCUGUCCCUACUGUGGAGGCGGCCAUGGCUGAGCCCGCCAUUGAGGAGCAGGUGCCCGCAGUCCCAACAGAUGCACUUGAGGACCUAUCGGAGUCGCUGAACAACGCCCCCCCAGUAUCUGAGCCCGCCCCGGUCACAGCUGAUGAAGUCAUCGACGCUAAAGAGGAAAUUGAAGCCCAGAUGGAAAUCGAAGCCAAAAAGGACGCCACUGAUGAGAAUACUGCUCUGGAUGUCCUCUCUGGACAUUUCUCAGCCCCCCAGCCUGUCCUCUCUGGACAUUUCUCAGCCCCCCAGCCUGUCAUCUCAGAACUGCAGUGUCACAUGCAGCUCGCCUCUGCGCCCGUAGAGCUCGCCUCCGUGGAUAUCCCAGCAGAGGCAGCAUUGAAUGGACAUAUUGCAACUGAGGUGGCCAUUGAGGGAUAGAUCUCUGCAGAUUUCCUCAGUCAGUAUGGAGGACUAAAGAGAGCCUCACGGGGAGCCGACCAGCAAAUUUUACUUUUCAAUAUUUAGGGCUUAAAGGGACCACCGGGAAACUAUUAACAUCCAACACUCAGUGCCUUUCCUGCUUAGGUUCUCACCAAAAGAAAAUCAAACAAACACAUUUUAAUGGGGCAUCAAGGCGGGGGAAUAAGAGUCUUUGGAUCAGAAUGUGAAUAUUUGGAAUUAACAAAUUAUGGCUUCUUUCAUAGAUUUUCUGUAUCCUAAUGCAUGUAUUGUGGAUUUGCAUCGAUUGUAAAU